GACUACAACUAACUUCACGCGCAUUGGUUCUUACACCCAAGACACAAAACCUUUGUUCUUACGUUUUCCCUGACAAGUUUUAGAUCCAUCUCUUGGAAUCAAAAAGAAAUGGCCAACAACAACAAUCUAGAGGAAUCCAGCCCUCUUUUGAGCAAACAAGUUAGUGUUGAAGAAGAUGAGAAGAAGAAUCUAAAUGUUAACAACUCCACCGACGUGGCAGCUUCGCCGGCAGCUAGGACCGGAGCUGGGUUCGGGUGGACCGCCGAUGGUCUGCCCUUGGUCCACGGGAGUGUCGUCGGAGAACCUAUGGGCCGGUCUCAGUGGGAUUCCUCCCUCCUCGCUUGUCUUGGCCGUAACGAUGAGUUUUGCAGCAGUGACGUUGAAGUUUGUCUACUAGGAAGCGUGGCCCCUUGUGUGCUGUAUGGAAGCAAUGUUGAAAGACUUGGAUCUGCACCUGGGACCUUUGCAAAUCAUUGCUUGCCUUAUUCUGGUCUUUACCUGAUUGGAAAUUCCUUUUUUGGCUGGAAUUGUCUUGCUCCAUGGUUUUCAUACCCUACCCGAACUGCAAUUCGGCGCAAGUUUAAUCUGGAGGGUACCUGUGAGGCACUUAACAGGUCAGGUGGAUGCUGUGGAAGCUGUUUGGAAGAUGAAGUGCAACGUGAACAGUGCGAGUCCGCCUGUGACUUUGCAACACAUGUUUUCUGCCAUGCAUGUGCUCUUUGCCAUGAAGGCCGUGAGCUUCGUCGAAGGUUGCCUCACCCAGGGUUCAAUGCUCAGCCUGUGCUGGUCAUGAUCCCUCCUGGUGAGCAGACCAUGGGCCGUGGUGACUGAGUUCAUGCUGGUCAUGUCCUGAAUUCGAAUAGCUUGUUGCCGCCCCAUGUUUUUGUCAGCGUGAUGUCAUGCGAUAAAAUUGUGUUGAAGGUUAUCUACGUUGUUCAAACUCUACCCACUGAAGUUUGAUUGCUUGUUGUGGUCAAGCACAAUAACAUAUUGAUGGACGUAUGGAUUUUAAGUAUUUUAUGUGUACAAUAUAGUAAAUAUUACACUUCUUUUCUAUUUCUUUUUCUUAAAAGAAAUUGGUGCUUUCACAAUUCACAGUUAA